GGCAGGAAGUGAGCAGCAGCAGCGCCCGGAGCGAACAACACCACCAUCAUCAUCAUCAUCGACAACACAGUCACGUUUGUUUGUCUUGUUUGUUUUGAUGCAUCUCGUCUGAUCUGGAUCAGCUGGUCGUGCUGAAGCCGCGGGGUCGGCUGCCGCUCAUCGCUCUCCCGCCCGCCGGAGCUCCAGCUCACAGGUUGACUGUGUGGUGUUGUUGACACAUUGUUGUUCAGGAGGAACAUAUUAUGGCUGACGGUGCUCCAGAGGCUCCAGAGGCUCAGGCCGAUGCCGACGACCCGCCCAGAGUCAACUUCCCUCCGCUCAUCACUGUCUCCGAUCUGCCCAGUGCCACCGCUGCAGGGCGUAACCUGAAGGAAUGGCUUCAGGAGCAGUUCUGUGACAAACCCCUGGAGCAGGACGACAUGCGGCUCCACAACGCUGCCUAUGUCGGAGAUUUGGACACGUUGAGGAACCUGCUGCAAGAAGACAGCUUCAGACAGCGGAUCAAUGAGAAGUCAGUGUGGUGUUGCGGCUGCCUGCCCUGCACCCCUCUGCGGAUUGCCUCCACAGCGGGACACGCGGCCUGCGUGGCCUUUUUGAUCGCCCAGGGAGCCGACGUGGACCUGGUUGACGUCAAGGGCCAAACAGCUCUGUAUGUGGCCGUGGUCAACGGUCACCUGGAAUGUGUCCGCAUCCUCCUCGAAGCCGGAGCGGAUCCCAACGGGAGUCGACACCACCGCAGCACCCCUCUGUACCACGCUGCGCGGGUGGGAAGGCUGGACAUUCUGCAGGAGCUCAUCAGGUUUCAUGCAGAUGUAGAUAUGGACCACCAGCUUGGUCCCCGGCUCCUCUUAAGUGCCCGCACCCUCAACACGUUGGUGGUGUGUCCUCUCUACAUCUGCGCUGCCUACCACCACCUCCACUGUUUCCAGCUGCUCCUCCAGGCCGGCGCACAGCCUGACUUCAACUACACCGGGCCUGUCUGCCACGAGGCUCUGACCCGUGGUCUGGCAUCCUGCCUGCUGGAUGCUGUGCUGCGUCAUGGGUGUGAGGUGGCCUUCGUCCACCUGCUGCUGGACCAUGGGGCCAACCCGGCUCUUGUGCCCUGGGAUGAGUCAAAUCUCGAGGCAACUAACCGUAGGAAGGUGGAUCCUGAGGCCCUUGAGGUUUUCCUGGAGGCCAGGAAGUGUCCUCGGAGACUGACAAACUUGUGUCGGAUCAGGAUCCGCAGGACGCUGGGCAAAGGUCGUCUGAACCACAUACCCUCGUUACCUCUUCCAGAACCCAUCAAGAACUUCCUGCUUCACCAAAACUGACAAACUGUGCACCUGCUCGUCUUUGACAGACGUCAUCUAAACGAUCCCGAAACAAGAAAAACCCUUAAAGACUGAGACAAGCCACAUGGUAAAGCACUUUGUCAAACUAAAUGACUUAUUGUGUUUUAUUUUAUUUUUUAAUGGUACGCAGUUAUCAAUAUUAUUUUUAAGAUUUUUUUUUUUAAAGUCAAUAUGUAUGUGAUGCUCUUAUCUCACUGUUACUGUAAUAACUUAUUGAAAUGCUUGUUAACUUAUGAGAGACAACGUCAUGUGUUCCGAAUUGUAAAAAAAACUGUCUGUGUAUCCUAAAUGUUUUGCCUGUGACUUUCCAAAUCAUCAGAGUAUAUCCUGGUCCCGUUACAAGUAAAGCACUUCAUCCUGACAACCACAGUGAGAAUAUCAUUUAGUUUGUGAUUCACACAUGACAAGUAAUAAAAAUCCAGUUCAGAGGCAAAUGAACAUUAUUCAUUUUUCUGUUUUCAACCCAGCAUUCUUACGUUUACCCUGCAGGUCGUUUGUCAUUUGUGUUCCCAUUUUGUUUCUGUUUCUGCAUUAACUGCAUAGAUUAGACAGUGACGAUGUAAGAGCUGGACUACGCACACUCUACUGGUCCGUGUUUACAUGGAGUGUUGGGUGAUGAUGGAUUAUUCUUUAGCCAAUUUAGCCUUAACAAUGAGUUUUGGGGAAACAAAAUGGCCUCUAGUCUGAUCCAAUCAAAACAAGUAACAAUGAAAUUGUCUACAUGUAUUUAUGGAAGAAAAGAAGAAACAGGGAAGCUUCAUUCAGCGAUCAAAGGUCCUGGAUUCUGACUAAAAUUCAAAGUUUACAUCAAAAACACUAGGGAAAUGUUGUAGAAAACGUAAAAAAAUGUUUCGCUGUUAAUGCAGACAAUCGGUCAAAUGUUUAUUGAAAUUGAUUUCUGUGAGGUUAUGAUCCGCCUUUUUCUCCCCCCUCAUAUUUUUGAUAUUGACUAUGUUGAGAUGUCCGUGUAUUUAGCUUUGGAUAUUCCAUCCUCAUUCCCAUAUUUAUUAAAUGUAAGUAACCA